AUGCCGAUCACCAAGCUCUACAUCCCUGCUGCACUCCUGCUCCUCGUGCUCAGCUGUCCUCUGUGGCACGUCGGCCAGUCUCUGCCGAUGAUGGGUAAAGGACCGGUGACCGACUCCUGCGUCUCACAUGCACGGACGCUGCUACUGAACAUCACUGAUGUUCUUGCACAGGACCUGUUCAAUGGGACUGAAUGCUCAAAGCGUGGUGUGGAGCUGAACAUGGCGACUGAUACACCAUCUGUGUGUGCACCAAAGGGAUCAACAUGCACUGGAACCACUAAAGCAGAGUUUGAUCAGAAAUCAUGUCUGGAAAACAUCGGGGAGGAUUUGCGUCACUACUACAAAUUUCUCGCAGCUCAUCCGAAGGGUUUGCUUGAGCUAACUGUUCAGCUCAGAGUCCUCAUGGAGAACUGCUUCCCGUGGUCUCUGUCCACAGACUUGGCCUCAAAACAGGCUCCUACUGACAGUCCGAGCACCUUCGAUGAAAGACUGAGCCUCUGCAAAGUGCUGAAGGGCUUCCACGUCCGCACCAUCACUAUCAACAGGGCCCUCGGGUACAUGAACUCCGGGGAACACACUAAAUAA